AUGAUGAGUGCAGCCACAAAGUCUCGUGUCUCAGCUACAGCUACUGGCACAGAGAGCAAGUCUACGAAUCCCAUACCCCCAGCUCACCAAGAGCCACAUGCCUCUCCACCGAUCAAAUCAAAGAUGGAUGAGGAUCUCCGCCCAACACCCAACGAGCUAGUCGAGGCCAAGGCAGGCCUUGAUACAGUCACUCAUGCCCAGACAGAUCCCAAGAAAGCGAAGGCAAUUGCCAGGGCAGCAGUCAAGCGCGCAAAACCAAUCCGACGACAGACGACCUCCGCCAAGCGCAGGAAGCCCAACUCGACCAAGACCAAUGCUGCCAAUCGAGGGAACACUAUACCACAGCUUCCAUUGAUCACCGUCGCUAAGAGCGCGCUCGCAGCUCCAAUUGAGCAAACAAAACCUUCACUCCCAGACAACUCGAAUGCUCAAACCAAUGCGACCGCCACAAAGGACAAUGUGGAUCUGCCAAAGGCCUCUCUCCAGACAUCUCCCUCGAAAGACGACCAAGCCAAACAUCUGAAUCACAGCCAACGAGUGAGUGUUGAGAUCCGAAGCUGCUCGCCAGUAGCAAGUAUUUCGUCCUUUGAUCUCGAUUACCAUGUCAAGGGGCCAUCGCAUGGCCAGAUGAUCAGUAUCCUGGAACACAGGGCACAGAUGAAAGAACAAAGCAACCAAGAGAGAACCAUGCGCAUGGUUUCUGAGACUUGCACCAGUUCCACAGACGUAACCGGAAAGCCAGCUCUGGCGGAUUCUUCCAAGCUCACAAUUCUGGAGUCAAGGAUGCUACCCAAGGCAAAGCCCAAGCCUAAAGUCGUGCGCAAGAGUCGUUCCUUUCAGCCUCACAAACCAAGAGGCAGAGCACAAAGUGUUGGCAGCAAGCUUAUGCUCGCGCUGCACAAGAACGAAAACUCUCAACCUGGACCAGUCCUUGAGGAUCAGGUCUGUAUCAUCAUUUCAUCGGAUGCAGUUCAGCCGGAAAGUCCUAAAAUUGUGAAGCAGUGUGAUGUAACGGCCAAUUCACCCCCCAAACCUAUGGAUGCUGAGCAGAUACAGCAUAGCGCUAUCCGUGCUGCUAAUCAACAGCAUCUCAUCAAGCCAGAGAAAGUCAGAUCAUCUUCCCCAGUUGUUGUUGAUGACACAAAAGAGGUCGAAGUGGUCGAUGCAACAGGCGGGAUGGCCUCCUGGGGCUAUUUUUUGAGUUCUCUAGGGCACAGCGAAGGGUCAAGCACUGAAGACUCUGAUGUGGAAAUCGGCAGGGGUCUGAUAGAUGAUGAACCUUCCAUCCUCGACUACCACAUGGAGAUGGAACACCUGUCUGGUUUUCAAAGCCUGCGACCUAUCAUCUCCGAGCGGACCACAUCGUCGCAACUCACUAAACUCUGUGAAAGUCAGAUGUCUACAUCGUCAGGCACUCCGUCUCUAGGAAGGAAUGAUCCCCCUGCAGCAACUGUUCUCGAGACAUGUGAAUCCAGCCACACGCCGGAGUCACAGAAGCCUCUUUUGCGCGGGGAACGGUCUGUGAUGCAAAAAUCUUCUCCCCUACAACCAAGAUCUGUUCCGAAAACUAGCAUCGUCGACAGAAACGGGAGUCCCCGACUUCUCCCCUUGCUAGCGACGGAAACAAUUCCCUACAAAGUCGACUACAAUGCCGGACAAGAAAACGCCGACUUGGAGACCAGCCCAAGUCGGUAUGAUCGAAGCUCCAGUUCUCAUUGCACGGAGAGUUCAUAUGGAGGUGUCGUCUGGACCAAGUUCCAGAGAGACAUGCUCAUUGCUUACGGGGUUGAGACCGACAAGCUGGCCCGAUCUCACUGGCCAUCAGUGAAGCCUCGGCCCUCACUCUCACAAGACAUAGCUGAUGGUGCCCGCUCUGACCAAGAGUCGACGACUGGCAGGCUGAGCCUAUCCUCCCAGCGAACCAUCGAAGAAAGAGGAUUGGACGCACCGCCAGAUCGACCAUUUGAUAGAUCAUUCCGCACUGAUAUCUCGGGGUCAACCCAGCCCGAUGUGAAAUCACACCGCUCCUCAGAUGAGGAUCCAAUGGAAUGGAUCUCAACCCUCCAAGCCGCCCAAAAAGACGCGCACCACCUGUUGCACCAGACUAACUCAAACCUCUCCGAACAAUUAGCGGCGGAGAAAGCCACAAUCACCCGCGUCCUAGGGAUUUACCGAGAAGGGUGUGGUCGGAUCCUCGAUGAUCUUUUCAAAGUCCAAGAGGCACGAAUGCAGUUAUACAAACAGCAGAUCCAACAGGUCAAAGAACAGCACGCGGAUAUCUGUCAAGAUUUAGUCCGUGGAUUGCAAGAGCUGGAUCGUCGGGUGCAACAGGGGCCAAUUUAA